UUUUUUUAUUUAUUUAUCAACCCGGGCGAAGAGUGGAAGCUUUGGAGCAUCUCCGGCGUCAAAUCGGACCAGAGAGAGAUCUCCGUCUCGCUCCAUCAAACCCUAAUUCCAUCGAUAAUCUAGUGCAUCGAUUCCUUAUUCCUCUCCAUGGGGUUCUGGGAGGCUUUUCUUAAUUGGCUUCGAAGCCUCUUUUUCAAGCAAGAAAUGGAGCUGUCUUUGAUUGGGCUCCAGAAUGCAGGGAAAACAUCUCUCGUUAAUGUCGUUGCGACUGGUGGAUACAGCGAAGACAUGAUUCCUACUGUUGGAUUCAAUAUGAGGAAGGUGACAAAGGGAAAUGUCACAAUAAAAUUGUGGGAUCUUGGUGGCCAACCAAGGUUUCGCAGUAUGUGGGAACGCUAUUGUCGCGCUGUAUCUGCCAUUGUGUAUGUUGUUGAUGCAGCUGAUCAUGAUAACUUGUCGAUCUCAAGAAACGAACUCCAUGACUUACUUAGCAAGCCAUCUCUGAGUGGAAUCCCUUUGCUGGUUCUUGGGAACAAGAUUGACAAACCCGAAGCUCUGUCAAAACAAGCUUUGACUGAUGAAAUGGAACUGAAAUUGAUUACUGAUAGAGAAGUCUGCUGUUUCAUGAUCUCAUGCAAGAACUCAACCAACAUCGACUCUGUUAUAGAUUGGCUUGUAAAGCACUCAAAGUCGAAAAACUAAUACAACUCUCAAGUCAGCUCAGGCUCCUACUCAGAGGCUGUGAUUGGGGUGUUGAUGAGUAUAGUGUUUAGCUCACUGGCUGCUUAUUUUUGUGACUGCUCUCUAUUAAAUUAUUUGUCCAUGGAGUGCUUAAAUUUUAGGUGGUUCUAUUGUGGAAAAAUUUUCCUUCCUUGAGCUUGGAAAUACUGAUUAUUUGAACUUCUUGUCUAUUUGCGCAAUCUCGAUGCAUGGAAUAAAUCUUUUAUGCUCA